UUUAGUCCCCCACUAAUCCAAUCAAGAGAAAAAAGGCCCGACUCCUCAGACCCCCGUCUCAGUCUGCCUGCACAGGGGCUGCUCUCACAGAUACACAAACAACAAUCAGAGCGGAUAUCAGAAGAAACUGAAAGAAAAUGACUGAGCGCUACGAUUGCCACUACUGCAAGGAGUCCCUGUUUGGGAAGAAGUACGUGUUGCGUGAGGACAACCCGUACUGCGUCAAGUGCUACGAGAGCCUCUACUCCAACACCUGCGAGGAAUGCAAGAAGCCCAUUGGCUGCGACAGCCGGGAUUUGUCCUACAAAGACCGCCACUGGCAUGAAGACUGCUUCCACUGCUUCAAGUGCAAGCGUUCUCUGGUGGACAAGGCCUUCUCCACCAAGGAUGAACAGCUGCUGUGUACCGAGUGCUACUCCAAUGAGUACUCCUCCAAGUGCUACGACUGCAAAAAGACCAUCAUGCCAGGCUCCAGGAAGAUGGAGCACAAGGGGAACAGCUGGCAUGAGACCUGCUUCGCGUGCCAGCGCUGCCAGCAGCCCAUUGGAACCAAGAGCUUCAUCCCCAAGGAGAACAACAACUUCUGCGUGCCCUGCUACGAGAAGCAGUUUGCCAUGCAGUGUAUCCAGUGCAAGAAGCCAAUCACCACGGGCGGUGUGACGUACCGGGAGCAGCCUUGGCAUAAGGACUGCUUCCUGUGCACAGGCUGCAAGCAGCAGCUCUCUGGCCAGCGCUUCACCUCCAGAGACGACUUUGCCUACUGCCUCAACUGCUUCUGCAACCUCUACGCCAAGAAGUGCGCCUCCUGCACCAGCCCCAUCAGCGGUCUUGGUGGGAGUAAGUACAUCUCGUUUGAGGAGCGUCAGUGGCACAAUGACUGCUUCAACUGCAAGAAGUGCUCCGUGUCCCUGGUGGGCCGCGGCUUCUUGACGGAGAGAGACGACAUCCUGUGCCCUGACUGUGGUAAAGACAUCUGAGGAUGCAAGGAUACAAGAAUGCAAGGCAACAAGGAUGCAAAGAAACAAUGACGCAAGGAUGGAAAUAUAUUUUAUUGUCAGUGUUACAUGGUUUGAAUAAUGCUAUGAUAUGCAGUGAACCUACAGAUUAUGUUGUCAUUUUAUCCAAAAGAUUGUUCGGAAUGCCUCACUCUGUCAGAAGUGAUACCACAUGUUGAAAGCGCAUUUAAAUUAUAUUUUUUGAGCUACACUAACAGGGUGGACAUAGUUGCUUUUAAUUAAUUGAAGUCUAAGUUAAUUUGAGUUUUGAUGGUAGCCCUAUUAUUAUGUUUUCCUGCAUGCUAUGCCUCAGUUAAGUGAAAUUGUGAUUGUUCACUUUAAUUUAUUGCCCUUUGCUGUAAGGUAUAUCUAUCGUUUGACAAGAUAGCCUACUAUGUAAAUCUAUUAUCUAUGGUUAUAAUUUGGUUGCCAAUUGAAAUAUGUUGUGUGCGUUUAUUAACAAAAAUGUGUUUAGGAGGAUAACACUGAGAUCUAAUUCAUUGUAAUAAAAUGGAAUGUGUGAAGCAUUACUUCAUAAUAAAUCUAUUAUGAACUGG